AUUUUCUUUUAUCUUCAAAAUGCCCCAUCCAUUUUUCGACACACACGAAGUUAGAAGGAACACACACACAGCCUCACAAAGCACAGAGCCAUGGCUUCAUCUUCUUCCCUCACACUCUCUCAAGCUAUCCUCUCCCGCUCGGCCAUCCCCCGCCAUGGCUCUCCCGCCCAGCAGCUCUACCCCGUUUCCACCUCCUCCGCCAUCUCCGUCCCCUCCUUCUCCGGCCUCAAAUCCACCGCCUCAACCUCUGCCCGCCGCCGCGCCGCCACCGCCUUAACCCGACUGCCAGUCCGAGCCUCCGCUGCCGUCGAGACCCUCGAGAAAACAACCGACACCGAGCUCGUCGAGAAGUCCGUCAAUACCAUCCGGUUUCUGGCGAUUGACGCCGUCGAGAAGGCGAAUUCGGGUCACCCGGGCCUGCCCAUGGGAUGUGCCCCGAUGGGUCACAUACUGUAUGAUGAGGUUAUGAGGUACAACCCCAAGAAUCCCUAUUGGUUCAAUCGUGACCGGUUUGUGCUCUCCGCUGGCCAUGGGUGUAUGCUACAGUACGCACUUCUUCACCUGGCCGGAUACGACGCCGUCAAGGAAGAGGACUUGAAGGGUUUCCGUCAGUGGGGAAGCAAGACGCCUGGUCAUCCAGAGAACUUUGAGACUCCUGGUGUUGAAGUCACCACUGGCCCACUUGGACAAGGUAUUGCCAAUGCCGUUGGUUUGGCGCUUGCAGAGAAGCAUUUGGCUGCAAGAUAUAACAAACCAGAUAACGAGAUAGUCGACCAUUACACAUAUGUCAUUCUUGGUGAUGGUUGUCAAAUGGAGGGUAUCUCAAAUGAAGCCUGCUCCCUUGCUGGACACUGGGGGCUCGGAAAGCUGAUUGCCUUUUAUGAUGACAACCACAUCUCCAUUGAUGGUGACACAGAGAUUGCUUUUACUGAAAAUGUUGAUACCCGUUUCGAGGCUCUCGGCUGGCACGUGAUCUGGGUGAAGAACGGUAACACUGGUUAUGAUGAAAUCCGGGCUGCCAUCAAUGAAGCGAAGGCUGUGAAAGACAAGCCUACUUUGAUCAAGGUUACUACAACAAUUGGCUUUGGUUCCCCAAACAAGGCCAACUCAUACAGUGUCCAUGGAAGUGCUUUGGGUGCCAAGGAAGUCGAAGCCACUAGACAAAACCUCGGAUGGCCGUAUGAGCCUUUCCACGUGCCUGAGGAUGUGAAGAACCAUUGGAGCCGACAUGUUACUGGGGGAGCUGCUUUCGAAGCUGAAUGGAAUGCCAAGUUUUCCGAAUAUGAAAAGAAGUACCCAGAGGAAGCAGCCGAGUUGAAAUCUAUCAUCACUGGUGAACUCCCUGCCGGUUGGGAGAAGGCCCUUCCUACAUACACACCCGAAUCCCCUGGGGACGCGACCCGCAACCUCUCCCAACAGAACCUCAACGCCCUAGCCAAGGUCCUCCCAGGCCUCCUCGGUGGCAGCGCUGACCUGGCAUCCUCCAACAUGACCCUCCUCAAAAUGUUCGGCGACUUCCAAAAAUCCACCCCAGAAGAGCGCAACGUCCGUUUUGGGGUCCGCGAACACGGCAUGGGCGCCAUAUGCAACGGAAUCGCCCUCCACUCCCCAGGCCUCAUCCCUUACUGCGCCACCUUCUUCGUCUUCACCGACUACAUGCGAGCCGCAAUGCGAAUCUCCGCUCUCUCAGAGGCCGGCGUUAUCUACGUAAUGACCCACGACUCAAUCGGGCUCGGAGAAGACGGGCCCACUCACCAGCCCAUCGAGCACCUCGCCAGCUUCCGGGCCAUGCCCAAUAUCCUCAUGCUUCGCCCUGCCGACGGCAAUGAAACUGCUGGUGCUUAUAAAGUGGCUGUUCUCAAUAAGAAGCGGCCUUCCGUGCUAGCCCUCUCUCGCCAGAAGCUGCCUCAGCUACCCGGGACUUCCAUUGCAGGGGUCGAGAAAGGAGGGUACAUAGUUUCCGAUAACUCGUCUGGUGACAACAAGCCUGACGUGAUUUUGAUAGGGACAGGUUCGGAAUUGGAGAUUGCGGCCAAGGCUGCGGACGAGCUCAGAAAGGAAGGGAAGGGUGUGAGGGUUGUUUCGUUUGUGUGUUGGGAGCUUUUUGACGAGCAGUCGGAUGAGUAUAAAGAGAGCGUGCUGCCUGCUUCGGUUACGGCUAGGGUUAGCAUUGAGGCGGGGUCGACUUUCGGGUGGGAGAAGAUUGUGGGAGCUAAGGGGAAGGCGAUUGGGAUUGAUAGGUUUGGGGCGAGUGCUCCUGCUGGGAAGAUAUAUAAGGAGUUUGGGAUUACGGCUGAAGCAGUUAUAGCUGCCGCGAAGGAAUUGUUGUCUUAGAUUGGUCGAUUGUGGGCUGGGGUCGCUGACCAGGUAUUUUCGUAAUAAAAGAUGACAAGUUUAAAUUUUUUUUUUUUAAGUUUAUUUUAUUUGAAAAUUGAAAGUGAGCAGCAGCUUUUGCUAUGGAAAAUGUGGUCGGGAGAGAUUAUAGGCGCGCUUGUGAGUCCUCCUGGAUUUGUACACUUGAACACCGUCAUCGGUUUUGUAUGUCAAGAUGUGUUUUUUAUUGAUUUUACUAGUUUUUCUCUAUCUAUAAGCUGAAGUUAAAACUCUACCAUUGUUUAACUUUCGUUCUUGUUUUUAAAUCUUUGAAUGUGCGCUCGGGCGAGCACAUUUUUGCUUGAGUAAUGGAGUCCGGAGUUAAGUGGCUAAGAGGGGUUUUGUUUUAAAGUUCCUGCCUUAAUUUUUGAAUUGGAUUAGGUUAUGAAUUCAAGCCAUGUAUUGAAGAAAAGGUAGGGCAAACCUAAUCACUUUAGGAAAUUGAGGCCCUUACAAGCAAUUCAAAGUGUAGGGUCACUCAAUCCAGAAAGUGAUUAGCUAUCUACUAGUGUGUGGUUGUUGAAUGGAAGGUUAUUAUGUGUGGUGGUAGUUGAGGAUUUCUCAUUUCAGCUCCCCCGCUUGGUUGGUUAUGAAAUAUUUGGACACUUCUAUGUUUGGAUAUGUUGAAAGCUAUAACAUGUUGUCAUUCAUGNAGAUUUUUGUACAUAA